AUGACCCAGCGCGCGCCCCGACCGAGGCAGCAGCAGCAGCCAGCCUCCUCCACAGACACCGUGGUACCCGCUCCGGCCACGCCGCCUUCUCCUCCUUUGCAUCUUCUCGGACGCUCGUCUGGCAGCUUGUUCAUCCGUUUGCCUUUCCAAGGACAAGUUCUGACGAGUCCUCCCUCCUCCUCUUCCUCUGUUGCCUCGCAAACGCAAUCUCAAACGCAACUCACGAACACCGCCGCCGCCACGACCGCCACCGCGACCCUGUCGGACGCUGCCUCCGCCUCUUCCACCGCCGCCGCCUCUGCGAUCUCGGCCUCUGGAAACCCCGGCACGGCGACGGAAUCCAUGUCCUCGUCCGGCGGCGCGAUCAUCACCACCCUCGACACAUCUGUCCCUGCUACGACCUCUGCCACGACGGCCGCCUCGACCGCUCCUGCUACGACCUCUGCUGCCCCUGCUACGACCUCUGCUGCUCCUGCCACCACCUCUGCCACCCUGGAUUCCGCCUCCGUCACGACCACCGCUCCGAACGACACCACCACGGCCUCGACUGUUUCCGCAGCCUCCACGACCAGCCUCGCCACUUCGACCGCCCAAUCCCCCGCAGAUUCCACCUCCGCAUCUUCCGGCCCGACCACAUCCUCCUCAGAUCCCACCACCUCCGCCUCUUCCCAGUCCCCGACCACGGUCAUGUCUUCCAAUGAUCCCACCACCGGGUCCUCCUCCGCCGCCACCACCUCCCAGGUCACCACCCAAAAUACGCAACAGACCACCACGACCACCCAGGUCACCACCGACCGCGGGACGACGACGACCAGUCAGCAAACCACCUCGCAGCCCACUACGACCACCAACCAAGGCGGCACGACUUCCAACGGCGGCACGACCACCACCCGCCAGAUCACGACCGAAGGGCCCACCACCACUACGGAAGUGACCACCGAUGGUCCGACGACGACCACGCAGGUGACCAGCGAUCAAGGCGGGACGACCACCGAAAUCGUGAGCGGAGGGACGACGACCCAGGUCGUGUCGAGCGAACACGGCCAGACGAGCACGUUGAGGGUCACUUCCCAACCGGUCACGAUCACCAGCACCCACGCGAACGUUGUCACCACCGUCAUCACCUCCACGGACGCGCAGGGCAGCACGGUGUUGGGCACCGAGGCGUCGACCGAGUUUGUCACGGCGAUCGCUACCGAAACCCAGGCGGUGACGAUCAUUCCUGCGGGAUCGACGUUCCAGUCCACGGUCGUGAUCAUCACCACCAAUGCGGCAGGCGCGACGAUCACCUCCACCCCGGCGGAGAUCACCAGCUUCAUGACCGUGGUCAGCACGGAACCGAACGGCGACGUCACGACGAUGAUCUCCACCACCGCCAUCGCGAACCCGCACCUGUCCACCGACUCGCCCUCUUCCUCGAACACCUUCUUCGCCAACCACGGCGCCGUCGCCGGUCUCUUCUCCGGCAUCGGCGUCGCCCUCGUCGCCGCCGCACUCUUUCUCUUCUUCUGUAUCCGCCGUCGCCGUCGCACACGGCGGCUCGAACACGACACCGCCGUGCAGGCCGAGCUCGCCGCGGCCGGGUUCGGACGCAGUCCGCUGCACGACGAUGACGACGGUGACGACGACGCGGACGCAGACGGGUCCGGCGACAUGCGCCAGCGACGCUCGUCCUCCGUCCUCAACUACCCUUCGUCCUCCUCGCGGCCCACGAUCCCCAACCUCGGCCUCGGCACGAACGCGCGGUACGGCAACGUCAGCUAUUCGACCCUCACCCAGCACCUCCCCAGCACGGGCCCGACGACCCCCGGCGUCGAGGGCGGCUACGCGGACCGGUAUGCGGACCCGUUCGCGACGCCGGCCGGCACGCCCGCGGAGCGCCAGGCGCUCAUGGCCACGCCUCCGCCGCCCCCGGGGGCGAUGCCGCCCGCGCUGAUCGGGCUCGCGCUCGACGGUUCGGAGAACGACGGACGGCAGGGACACCGGCCGACGGGUUCGACGUCUACCGGAAGCGGGCACGCGCCGACGCCCAGCGCGGGGAGCAUCGAGCCGUUGCUCGGUGCGGGCCACGCGCGCGCGAACAGUCAAGGGAGCGCGGCGCCGAGCCCGCCGCCGCGAAAUCCGCAGCGCGUCGUCGACCGCGGGCUGGCCGAUCCCGGUGGCGGAGCGCCGGCGAGCGCGUUGCUCGGUGGGCCGCCGCCGGUGGCCGUCGUCGGCCCUUCCGGGGACAAGAGGCGGGCGAGCAGCGUGUAUUCGGACGAGAGCGGGGACGGGAGCGGGAGCGGCGGGCAGGACGCGCGGUUGGGCGACGUGGACGACGAGCCGCGGGACGAGGAGGAUUAUUCGCGGAGAUUGGAGGUGAGGAAUAUGCCGGACGGCGCGGCGAGCUAUCUCUCCAGGACGUCGACCAAAUCGAAGGACGAUUAG